AUGACGAAGUCAGUUCCCACCUGGAGUCCUCUCACCAGCGCGAAAGCCGUCAAGACACUCAGCUCCGCUCACAGCCUCUCCCCACCCUUGAAAAUCAAAACCGCGUCUCUCUCCCUCUCCCGCUCUCGCGGGCGAAUUAACCCCACCGCCGCGUCGACGGGCAACGGCGCGCCAGCGUCGCGCGCGGCGAAGCUGGUGGACGGGAAGGUGCAGGAGGGGCCGGACCUGAGCGUCGAGGUGAACGGGCUGCGCCUGCCCAACCCGUUCGUCAUCGCGUCGGGGCCGCCCGGCACCAACUACGUGGUCAUGAAGAAGGCGUUCGACGAGGGCUGGGGUGGCGUCAUCUGCAAGACGCUCUCCCUCGACUCCUCCAAGGUGGUGAACGUGACGCCGCGCUACGCGAAGCUGCGCGCGCCGCACUCGCGCGACGUGAUAGGGUGGCAGAACAUCGAGCUGAUCAGCGACCGGCCGUUCGAAGUGAUGCUGGCGGAGCUGAAGCAGCUCAAGGCGGAGUACCCGGACCGCGUGCUCAUUGCGUCCAUCAUGGAGGAGUUCAAUAAGGACGCGUGGGAGGAGAUCAUUGGCCGCUGCGAGGAGGUCGGCGUGGACGCGUUUGAGAUCAACUUCUCGUGCCCACACGGCAUGCCGGAGAGGCGCAUGGGCAUGGCGAUGGGGCAGGACUGCGAGCUGCUGCACGAGGUGUGCGGGUGGAUCAACGCCGCUUCCCACAUCCCCGUGUGGGCCAAGAUGACUCCCAACAUCACCGAAAUCACUCAGCCAGCGCAAGUGGCACUGGAGGCGGGGUGCGAGGGAGUGAGCGCCAUCAACACCAUCACAAGCGUCAUGGAGGUCAACCUCAAGACGCUCAGGCCCGAGCCAUGCGUUGAAGGCUACACAACGCCAGGCGGGUACUCCAGCAAGGCAGUGCGGCCCAUCGCCCUGGCGCAUGUGAUGAAAAUCGCAAGGAUGCAGGCGGAGAAGUUCCCAGGGCAGGGCAAGUCGCUGUCUGGCAUUGGUGGCGUGGAGACGGGGGAGAACGCCGCUGAGUUCAUCCUGCUGGGAGCUGAUACGGUGCAGGUGUGCACGGGGGUGAUGCUGCAUGGCUAUGGGCUCGUCAAGUCGCUCUGUGGGGGCCUACAGGGGUUCAUGGAGCAGCACGGCUUCACGUCUAUCAGCGACUUUAAAGGGCAUUCACUGCAGUACUUCACAACACACACGGACCUGGUGAGGCGGCAGAGGGAGGCGGUGGAGCAGCGCAAUGCGGCCAAGAGAGGGCUUGCGUCCGACAAGGAGUGGACGGGCGAUGGGUUCGUGCAGGAGACAGAAACCAUGGUCUCCAAUUAG